CAGCCACAACACAAGACUGCAAACGCAGCAGAAAACCAGUGGACAUGGCCGUGGUUCGCGGCCAGUCCCCUCUGUAUCUCCCCUGGCCGUAGCUGUAUAGCCCGUGGCCGGUGCCGGUGCCGGUGCCGGUGCCGUUACAAAAAUAUACAACCCGGAAACCGACGAGCUCCCCGCUGCCGCUCGCUGCCUCUGCGCGCACCCGGAGCGCCGUUUCACGCGUCGCCCAGCUCGCCUCAUCUGCUUCCGCGAACCGGCCGUCCAGUCCAGUUCAGCGACCAUUUCGUAUUUUACCCUUACCCGCUUAUAUAUACGCGGCUUUACCACCGUUACCCCGCCUCACAUCGCUCCCGGCUCCUCGCUGCUCCCCGCCCACCGCCCGCCACCGCCCGUACCGGCAGCUCCAGCCAGCAGUGCCACUCCCCUCCCACACACACACACACACACACUGCGUAGUGCGCAAAGGCUGCCUCCGACUUUGAUGCGCGUAGCCGCCGCCGCUAACGUCCAUGGCCUCCGCCGUCGCCAGUAACCUCCCCGCGGCAGCGCCAGCCGCCGUGCCGGUGCCGUACGGGUGGCUGAGCACCCCGCGCGUGUCCUUCAGCCGCGACGCGGCCGCCGCCACCGACAUGGUGGUGGUCGUGGAUCCCGUCGCCGCCAUGGCCGUGGCGGCGGCCACGCCGGAGCCCGCCAUCUCCAAGGACUUCAUCGACUUCGAGUUCAGCCUCGGCGGCUCCGCCACCAUGCUCCCCGCCGACGAGCUCUUCGCCGACGGCAAGCUGCUGCCGCUAAGAAAGUCCGCGGCGGCGGCGGCGGCGCCUCUGCCGGAUCCGGAGGCGGCGGCUGCCGCGCCCCGGCCGGCGCUUCUGCCGGAGGAGGCAAUGGCAAUGCCGGCGCAGCCCAGCACGGAGCCGAUCAUCAAGCCUCUCCGCGCCGCGGCAGUCGCGGCGGCGGCGGCUGACGGCACCGACCCUUACGCGUUCUCGCCCAAGGCGCCCAGCUGCUCCAGCCGCUGGCGCGAGCUGCUGGGGCUCAAGAGAGCGGCGGCGGCCGCGCAGAGCCCGAGCGCCACCAAGGCCUCGGCGUCGCCGUCGCCCACGGCGACGGCCAAAACCCCCGCGGCGAGGUCGACGAACUCCGCGGCGGCGAGGUCGCUGAAGCUCCUGCUUCAGCGGAACACCACGGGGCGCGCGUCGGUGGCCACGGCGUCGGACCUCGCGUCGGCGCCGCUCCUUCGCGACAGCUCCGACUCAGAGGCGUCGCUAUCGCUAGCAUCAUCCCGCUUCUCGCUCUCCUCGUCCUCGUCCUCCUCCGGGCACGACCACGACGACGUGCCCCGCCUCUCGCUCGACUCCGCCGACCCCAACCCGCCCCGCAUCCGCCUGGUCCGCCGGUCCUCCCACUCCCACUCCCAGCACCGCCACUCCACCUCCUCCUCCACCCGCGCCGGGCGCAGCCCGGCCCGUCGCCGGCCGUCGCCACCUCCACCCCCACGCUGCCUCUCCGUAGACUCCCCGCGCAUGAACUCGUCGGGCAAGAUCGUGUUCCAGGGGCUGGAACGCAGCUCCAGCUCCCCCUGCAGCUUCCACGCGGCGUCCAAGUCGCGGUCCCGCGCGGCGGUGGACCGGUCCUACUCGUCCGGCGUCCGCGUCGCGCCCGUGGUGCUCAACGUGCCCGUGUGCUCGCGCCCCGUGUUCGGCUUCUUCAAGGACAAGAAAGACUCCGGCACAGCCAAGGACGCCGCCGCCUCGGCCGCCGCUGCCGCGACCGCGAGGUCCAGGUCGUCGCUGGGGCGGAAGGCGCAAGCGUGGAGCGGCGAGCUGACGAGAUCCUCCGGCUGAUUUGACGAACCCCGGCCCGGCCGUUUGACUUGACCGGGCAGCUCGCAGCCGGCGACCUAGCUAGUGUUUGUCUCGUUUGCAUGCAGAUCGGCGGCUGUUGCCAUCGGGCGACCAUCAUGAUGAUGAGAUGAGAGGAUGGAUAGCUUUGGCUGCUGGUUGGUUUUAACUGAAUUUUGUUUCUUCUUUGGAGACGACGACGACGAUGAUGGGGGAGGUGGUUGUCUAAUCAAUUGACUGUUUUUUUUUACCUCUUUGCUUCUUCUUUUUUUCGCUCGACUGUAAAUUCGAGUUUUGUACUACUACCGCUCUCUUCUGAUUUGGUUGAAUGAAUGCGAAUUGAAAUCCUCUCAAA